AUGGUCAAAGGCAAUUACUCCCUGGUGACUGAAUUUGUUCUCUUGGGAUUGACAGACCGUCCAGAGCUACAGCCUAUCCUUUUUGUGCUCUUCCUGGCGAUCUAUCUGAUCACUGUUGGAGGGAAUCUUGGCAUGAUCGUGUUGAUCAGGGUAAAUUCACGCCUGCAUACUCCUAUGUACUACUUUCUUGCCAGCUUGUCCUGCCUGGAUCUGUGCUAUUCUACCAACGUGACUCCCAAGAUGCUGGUGAACUUCUUAUCAGAGAAGAAAACCAUUUCUUAUGCUGCCUGUUUAGUUCAGUGUUAUUUUUUCAUUGCUAUGGUUAUUACUGAAUAUUAUAUGCUGGCGGUGAUGGCCUAUGACAGGUACAUGGCCAUCUGUAACCCUUUGCUUUACAGCAGCAAGAUGUCCAAAGGGGUAUGUGUACGUCUGAUUGCUGGUCCUUAUAUUUAUGGCUUUCUUAGUGGCCUGAUGGAAACCAUGUGGACAUAUCGGUUGACCUUCUGUGGCUCCAAUAUCAUCAACCACUUCUACUGUGCUGACCCUCCUCUCAUCAGACUUUCCUGCUCUGACACUUUCAUUAAGGAAACAUCUAUGUUUGCAAUGCCAAAUUUUACAGAUGUAACAGAAUUCCUUCUUGUGGGCCUGACAAGGCGCCAGGAAUUACAGGUUCUCUUUUUUGUGGUGUUCUUGGUGGUUUACAUGCUCACUCUGCUGGGCAACAUUGGUAUGAUAAUUUUGAUCAGUGUCAGCCCUCAUCUUCAGAGUCCUAUGUACUUUUUUCUAAGUCAUUUGUCCUUCGUGGAUGUGUUUUUCUCCUCCAAUGUUACCCCCAAAAUGCUGGAAAACUUAUUAUCUGAGAGAAAAACAAUUUCUUACGUGGGGUGUCUGAUCCAGUGCUACUUUUUCAUUGCCCUGGUCCACGUGGAGGUCUACAUUCUGGCUGUGAUGGCCUUCGAUCGCUACAUGGCUAUCUGCAACCCUUUGCUCUAUAGCAGCAAGAUGUCCAGGGUUGUCUGCGUCCGCCUCAUUUCUGUGCCUUAUGUCUACGGAUUCUCGGUGAGUCUUAUUUGCACUCUGUGGACAUAUGGUUUAUACUUCUGUGGAAACUUUGAAAUCAACCAUUUCUACUGUGCCGAUCCUCCUCUCAUCAAGAUUGCCUGCGGAGGCGUGUACAUCAAAGAGUACACGAUGAUUGUGAUUGCCGGGAUUAACUUCACAUAUUCCCUGUCUGUAGUUCUCAUAUCGUAUUCGCUCAUUGUGGUCGCGGUGUUGCGCAUGCGCUCUGCUGACGGCAGGAAAAAGGCCUUCUCCACCUGUGGAUCACACUUGACAGCUGUUUCCAUGUUUUAUGGAACUCUUAUAUUCAUGUAUCUCAGAAGACCAACGGAGGAGUCUGUGGAGCAGGGAAAGAUGGUGGCUGUGUUUUAUACUACUGUGAUUCCCAUGCUGAACCCAAUGAUAUACAGUCUCAGGAACAAAGAUGUGAAAGAAGCCGCCAGCAAGGCAAUCGCCAAGGCAAACUUGAGAAAAUGA